AUGACUGCGGCCUUGAUGCAGCCUUCGCAAUCUUUAAUCCCACGAGAGACUACGAUCCUGACCAGCAAUGAAGUGACAAAAUGCAUUCAGCCGACCUCGAACAUAUCAAGCAUUCAAAGUCCCAUGCUCGCCGCUUCAAAGCCUGUGCUACCUCCAGCUCACAUACUGCUCUUCGCCGCCGACGUUUAUUUCAAAUACUGCCACAACCACCCGUACUCACUCUUCCACGAAGGUCGGUUCCGCGAGCGAUUGGCUGCUGGUGAGGUUCCCGAGUAUCUUGUGUGGGCAUUUCUGGCCUCUUCUCGGAGGUUUUCCACCAUUCCACACCAUCACUUUGAAGGAGGAGAUAGCGUGGGCUCUCUGGCCAAAAGAUCGUGGGAGACGUUCAACGUCCCGUGGGAUGGCCCGAAGGAUGGUGAGGAAGCCCUGGCGAUCAUGCAGACCGUCAUUCUACUGGUCUGCGUUGAGCACACAGCCGGCCAUUGCUCAUCUGCUUUUCUGAAACUUGGGUUUGCCACCAGAGCUGCCCAGCUCUUUCGAUUUCACAUGGAGCCUGAUUCCAGUCUCGAUCCCAUUUCACAGGAAGAGCGAAGGAGGGCAUUUUGGGGUGUUCACUUGCAGGAUCGAUUGAUGUCACUUUCCCGAGAACGGCCCCCAAUCCUCCGAGACGAAGACUGUUCCGUCCACCUGCCUUGUUCAGACGACGCUUUCCACGCCAACCGCUACGAGGAGGCGCCGAGUCUCGCAUUUCUACUGGGCGACGGCGCCGAGGGAGACUGUGUCGAGAAAUGCGCCCCGUUGGCUUUGAUACCUGUGAUGGUGUCGGGGUUGAACCGGGUCUCCCAAUACGUUCUUCAGGAUCGAAAUUACUCCCUCUCUCCUCCGCCAUGGCUCUCAAACUCCCCUUUUGCAACAAUUGAGUCGUUUCUUUCAAGCAUAGAAAUGCAUUUCGACUUUGCUGAGCCUUUGGAGGAGGUGCUAGAGAGGGUGGCGGUCAAAGACGGUGCCUUGGACCAUUUCACCGCAAGCCCGAUCCUCUAUGCAAGGGCACUUUACUCUCUGUCUCAAUGUUUGCUGCAUCACCCUUUCCUGCUCAAAGACAGGUUGCAAAGGAUGAAACAGAGGAUUCCUUCGCGAUUCAUGGCCCGCGUAUGGAAGACAUGCCGCUUGCAUGCAAAGCUGAUUACCGACAUCCGCCGUGUCAGGAAUGGGAAUGUUCUCAUCCUCACCUGCUUUUACGGCUAUUGUACAAUGAUGGCCGGGACUAUCCACGCCCUGUCCCAACAUGAUGAUGACCCAGCAGUUCGGGAAGAGGCAUCCAAGAACUUCGAGGCAGAUCUACGUUUUAUGCGUGAGCUUUCCUCUUACUGGCAACAUGCUGCUUUGAUAACGAGCAGAUUAGAGAGAUUCAAUAAGCAUAGCGUCGGGUACUACAACCAGAUCAUGCGGUCGAAGACAUCUGAUCCGGCAACGCAUUCGGAAGGACCGACCCAAGCGAUCUGGCAAGCAGUCGAUCAUUGGGCGCUUUCGAUGCCCACUCGGCCGAACAGUCCCUCUGACGAGCCGUCAUCUGUUCCCGAAAGCUUCACGAGCACCAGCAUGAUUUCUCCCCAUGCAAUCUUUGAUUUUGGAGACCUCGGCAUGCUGGAACCCUUCUCGGAACCCGCCAAUGAUCCGUGCGCGUUUUCCCUGGCGAAUUUUACGUUUGGCUCAAGUGACUUUGGAUCCCAGAGUUUAUACUAG